AUGUAUGCAAAUACAGGGCUAGGCCUGGGCUCCGAGUUGUUCAUUCCAGAGCUGAGGUCCAAUAGACCUUUAUUGAGGUACUUAGCAGAUCCUAGAGGCCCUAGUACAUCUCAUCCAGUUCCACCCUGGCUGAAUGGCAUGGGAAUUAAAAUAUUCUGGACGAUCGAAGAUGUGAUGUCAAACCAACUUGAGAGUUGGAUGAUGGCAGUGAUGGUGGUGGUAGCGACAGCAGAAGAGGGGGGGAUUUCUUUGGAGGGUAAUGGAAUGUUGGAUGGUGAUCAACAUGCAGAGGGUGGACAAAAUGCCCAAAAAGAUGCGAGAAAGUUGAAUGACUCGCCCAUCCGAUUUACGGUGAUUUUAUGGCUGGAAGUUGUCAUUUGGUUGGCAUCAGCUUGGGACCAUCAUAAGCUAGGCAUUCUGUUUCUAAUCUAUCUCCUUACUCUUGAUGCCAGGUUCUGUAAUGACAAAGGCAAUGGGCCCGGACUGCGCCUGUGUGCCCAUGCGGAAAACUCUGCUUCUAUGCCUCAUGUUUUAAAGUACGGAUCAGUGACAAUGAUCACGACAAUACAGGUGGAACAGAAUAGAGGUAAUACAUAUACUAUUUUUGUUUACCGUCACACUUAUACUACACCAACCAUCGAACUCAACGACCGUCAUCCAGUAAAUUCACGUGCCUGUCUCAGUUCCUGCCAAGGACCCAUCAACCAUAGUCUGAAAACGAGACUUCUUUUGGAUGACAGGAUCUAG